GAGGCGGCGGCCGCGGCGAUGGCGGACAGCGCCAGCGAGAGCGACACAGACGGCGCGGGGGGCAGCGGCGUGGCGCCGGCGGGCUGUGCGGCGGGCCCCGGCGCGGGGGGCGGCAAGGCGGGCGGCAUCGUGAUCUCGCCGUUCCGGCUGGAGGAGCUGACGAACCGGCUGGCCUCGCUGCAGCAGGAGAACAAGGUGCUGAAGAUCGAGCUGGAGACCUACAAGCUGAAGUGCAAAGCGCUGCAGGAGGAGAACCGCGACCUGCGCAAGGCCAGCGUCACCAUCCAAGCAAGGGCAGAACAGGAAGAGGAGUUCAUCAGUAAUACUCUAUUUAAGAAGAUUCAAGCUUUGCAGAAGGAGAAAGAGACACUUGCAGUAAACUAUGAAAAGGAAGAAGAAUUUCUCACUAAUGAACUCUCAAGGAAACUGAUGCAGCUACAGCAUGAGAAGGCUGAACUGGAGCAGCAUUUAGAGCAGGAACAGGAGUUUCAAGUGAACAAGCUGAUGAAGAAAAUUAAAAAACUGGAAAACGAUACUAUUUCUAAGCAGCUGACUUUGGAGCAGCUAAGACGAGAGAAGAUUGACCUUGAAAAUACAUUGGAACAAGAACAAGAAGCACUAGUGAAUCGUCUCUGGAAGAGGAUGGAUAAACUUGAAGCAGAGAAACGAAUUUUGCAGGAGAAGUUAGACCAACCAGUUUCUGCUCCACCAUCACCCCGAGACAUAUCAAUGGAAAUAGAUUCCCCAGAAAAUAUGAUGCGACAUAUCAGAUUUUUAAAGAAUGAAGUAGAGAGGUUAAAGAAACAACUAAGAGCUGCACAGUUACAACAUUCAGAGAAGAUGGCGCAAUAUUUAGAGGAGGAACGUCAUAUGAGAGAAGAGAAUUUAAGGCUCCAAAGAAAACUGCAGAGGGAGAUGGAGCGAAGGGAAGCUUUAUGCAGACAACUGUCAGAAAGCGAAUCCAGCUUAGAAAUGGAUGACGAAAGAUAUUUUAAUGAGAUGUCUGCACAAGGAUUAAGACCUCGCACUGUGUCCAGUCCAAUCCCGUAUACACCUUCACCAAGUUCUAGCAGACCUAUAUCACCUGGUCUGUCAUAUGCAAGUCACACAGUUGGUUUUACACCACCAACUUCACUGACUAGAGCCGGAAUGUCUUAUUACAACUCCCCAGGCCUUCAUGUGCAACAUAUGGGACCGUCCCAUGGAAUUACAAGGCCUUCACCACGAAGAAGUAACAGCCCUGACAAAUUUAAACGUCCCACUCCUCCUCCUUCUCCAAACACGCAGACCCCAGUCCAGCCACCUCCUCCACCUCCACCACCACCUGUGCAGCCUACAGUCCAAUCAACAGCAUCGCAGUCAGCCACUUUUCAGCAUUCAGUGCAUCCCUCCUCUCAGCCUUAGUGCAUGUGCUCAGCAGCCUGUAUUCAGAGUUGGACUCAUAACAUGGAGCAGUUUACUAAAAGCCAAAGGCUUACCUGGCAUAUUUGGAUUUGACUUACUUGCACUGAGGUUAUAUAGGCUUCACUGUUAAUUGUGUUGUAAACUUUUGUCUAAAAAUGCAGCCAGUGUUGUGGGUCUACAACACUAAACAAAAUUUUCCAUCAGUGUUUACUUGAACUACAUGUAUGUCCAUUCUCUGGCUGGAACAUUUGCUACUCUCUUUGGUAACACGGCAUUAUGUCGUUUUGCUUGGCUCCAAAGCUUCAUUUUCCUGGCUUUUAGGUUUGUAAAAUUAAAGGGAUAUCUUUUUAUAUUCUUUUCAUGACAAUUUGCAUAAAAUUACAGGCAUGAUGGGCUAUAUUAUAAAUUCCUAAAUAUUAACAGUGUUUACCAAGCAUACGGUAAAUCAGCACUACAUUUCAGUAAUCUGAAGAUACAGCUUUUAGUGCAAAAGUGAAAGUCAGACACGUUAAUCAGUGCCCAAGACUAUACUCUUAUUGUAUCACCUAAUAAAUACGCUUAAUACAGGUUCAGUUUUCAGCACACAUGACACAUUCAUAGUUUUUCCUGUUUUUAAAAAAAAAAAACAAAAAAAAAACCUCAAAUGUAUGGUGCGGUCUGAAGUUAAAUGUGGGGAAUCUAACUUGUCAAAGUAUAUGGAAUGUACAAGUCAUGACCUUAAAAUUUGAUUGUCUGAUUUAUCAUUUAUGUUAACUUGUAAGCUGUCCAUACUGUGUGUUCUGUCACAAUGAACUUCUAUAAGUGUGGCCCUGCAACAAGUUACUGGUGGCUGAUUUAAGUGUGCUCUUUGAUUUCUGCUGCAGAAGGCAAUGUGAUUGUAGAGAACAGCUGAUUUUUUUUCUUGUUGAAAUAUAUUAAUUGUGAUUUCCCCUAAAACAAAGUUUGAACAACUAUUUUAAAUGUUCAAAAGACUAUUAGAGAAUAUGGUAUAAGAUGAAUAUUAUAGGAAUAUAUUGGCAUAACAGCCAAAAAUGUUGUAUUGCUUGGUAGAAACAGAACAGAGUACAGAGAAAGUAGCACAACAUGGCACUAAUGAAUGCUUAUUUAGCAGCCUAAGCCGGUACAAUGUAUAAAGAAGUGUAUUCUGAAUACAUUCUUUCCAUUCAUUUAGCACAAAUAAAUUGUUUGGUUUCACUUUGCAGUGGAACAAAGUGUCACUUUUUUCUUUGAUACUAGCAUCUUACCUAGUUUUAUUUUUAAGUUCCUGUUGGCUAGGUUUAUAUAAUAUUGAUAUUUUUAAGUGGUUUACCUCAUAUAUUAGCAUAUGUGGGCCAUGGAAAAAAUAAUUAGAAAAUGUGUAUUUGAGAAUAUGUAUCUGGUCUAAUGAGAACAGACCAUUACAUACCUUAUUUGUUUACAAAAGCUUUUUGACACACCUAACAUUUCAUUGAGCAUGUUCUUAAGAAGGAAAUAUAGAAAUUUGGUUAUUUACUAACACUUGUACAUACAUUUUCAUAUUUGCCAUUCAACAACUAUGUAAGAAUUGCAGGGUGAAAAUGGUAAUCAAUGAUAGCAAUCAAAAUAUCAAGUUAAAAUAGUGUGCGACUGGCAAAUAUUACCAAUAUUAUUGGAGACUCUAUAGCAAAAGGUGCUAUAUAAGUGCAAGCUAGUACUAGUGGUAGUGUAAAAGCUGGCUAAAGAGUAAGAGGUGUGUGGUAGUGUUGCUUUAAUAUCUUCAAAAAAAUGAAAAUAACCCAGCAUAACUUUAAAUUUGAAGCUUGGUCUAAAAUUGAAAUUCUGUAAUGCAAGGUUUGAGCAUUGUUAUAAGAUUUCACAUAGCGAACUCUCCCUUAUUAGUGUGGGAUUUGUUACGAAUUGAAAGCAAAGAACUGACAAAUGUAUACUAAACACUGAAAAUGUAACAAGGCACUGAAGUGGCCUUACUUAGCUAAUAAGGUUGAACAAACGUAAAGACUUGUGCACAUCCUUCUAAUAAACAUCAAUGGAUUUUCA